CUCCAAUACAUAAUUAGCUAAUUUGGCAGCAGUUAAUACAGCCAAAUUAGCUAAUUCCCUGCUGAUUGAAGUUAUGGCGAUGAUAAGAAUAUUGAUGAGCUUGGCUGCCAUAGCCAUGCUGCUUGGCUGUGUCAUGGCUACAGAUUACACAGUGGGAGGUCCUAAUGGUGGAUGGGACCAAACUAGUGACCUUCAAGCAUGGGCUGCAUCAAAAACCUUCUUCGUCGGAGAUAAUCUAAUUUUUGCAUAUGCUCCAAGCCAUUCUGUUCUUGAAGUCACAAAGGCCGCUUUCGACUCCUGCGAGAUAACAUCUGCAGUUGCAAUUUAUACUGGAGGCAUGACAACCAUCACUCUAGCUUCUGUGGGCAAGAGAUACUUCAUAUGUGGAACUGGUGGACAUUGUACCGUAGGAGGAAUGAAACUCGAAAUUAACACGUCUCCCAAGACUUCUCCACCCCCACCAGCCAAACCGGCUACUCCACCUACAACAACACCCAAAGCUCCACCACCAUCAACCCCCACAACUCCACCACCAUCAACUCCCUCAAGUCCACCACCAUCGAGUCCCACAACUCCACCAGCAUCAGCCCCUUCUACCGCCCCAGUUGCUUCCCCUCCCACUUCAUCACCAUCUCCCAAGUCUUCAUCAGCACCCUCACCAAAACACUCACAUAAAAUAUCCCCUGCGAUGUCACCUUCCAAGUCCUCGCAUGCUCACAGCCCUGCCAUGCCUCCUGCUGGCGUUCCAACACCCCCGACUGUUGAGGCCCCCGGAUUGCCUCCUUCUGUUGAGUCUGUGGGAUUACCCCCUUCUGAUUCUCCUGCACCUACACAAUCUGCCCCAUCAUCAGCUGAUAAAAUCAGUGUCGUUGCUGGUUCUACAGUGGGAUUUGGCUUUGUUGUUAUGCUGAUGUUCCUUCUUUAAGCCUUCAAAUAAUAUUUUGAGAAUGUUGUCAUUUUUCAUUUUAUGUUGAUUCAAUUCUAUUUUGUACCUGAUUAUCCUCAGUCCUGUUUGUUUGUUCAACAUUCCAUC